AUGUCUCAGACCAUUAGUGCCACCCAGCCCAACCCCGCCACUCCCACCCUAACACAAACCCCGCCUCCCACGCCCGCCCACCCAGCCUCCCACGCCCGCCCACCCAGCCUCCCACGCCCGCCCACCCAGCCUCCUACGCCCGCCCACCCAACCUCCCACGCCCCGCCCACCCAGCCUCCUACGACCGCCCACCCAGCCUCCCACGCCCGCCCACCCAGCCUCCUACGACCGCCCACCCAGCCUCCCACGCCCGCCCACCCAGCCUCCUACGACCGCCCACCCAGCCUCCCACGACCGCCCACCCAGCCUCCCACGACCGCCCACCCAGCCUCCCACGCCCGCCCACCCAGCCUCCUACGACCGCCCACCCAGCCUCCCACGACCUCCCACCCAGCCUCCCACGCCCGCCCACCCAGCCUCCUACGACCGCCCACCCAGCCUCCUACGACCGCCCACCCAGCCUCCCACGCCCGCCCACCCAGCCUCCCACGCCCGCCCACCCAGCCUCCUACGACCGCCCACCCAGCCUCCCACGCCCGCCCACCCAGCCUCCCACGACCGCCCACCCAGCCUCCCACGACCGCCCACCCAGCCUCCCACGCCCGCCCACCCAGCCUCCUACGACCGCCCACCCAGCCUCCCACGCCCGCCCACCCAGCCUCCUACGACCGCCCACCCAGCCUCCCACGACCGCCCACCCAGCCUCCCACGCCCGCCCACCCAGCCUCCCACGACCGCCCACCCAGCCUCCCACGACCGCCCACCCAGCCUCCCACGCCCGCCCACCCAGCCUCCUACGACCGCCCACCCAGCCUCCCACGACCGCCCACCCAGCCUCCCACGCCCGCCCACCCAGCCUCCCACGACCGCCCACCCAGCCUCCCACGCCCGCCCACCCAGCCUCCUACGACCGCCCACCCAGCCUCCUACGACCGCCCACCCAGCCUCCUACGACCGCCCACCCAGCCUCCUACGACCGCCCACCCAGCCUCCCACGACCGCCCACCCAGCCUCCCACGCCCGCCCAUCCAGCCUCCUACGACCGCCCACCCAGCCUCCUACGACCGCCCACCCAGCCUCCUACGACCGCCCACCCAGCCUCCCACGCCCGCCCACCCAGCCUCCUACGACCGCCCACCCAGCCUCCUACGACCGCCCACCCAGCCUCCUACGACCGCCCACCCAGCCUAUCACGUUCAAACGUCCACCUACCCAACAUUCCACGCCCACCUUGAGUCCCACGCUCACCCACCAUCAUGCCUCCCCAAACCCACUGCACCCCUACGCCCACCCCGCCACCACGCCCACCCCGCCACCACGCCCACCCCGCCACCACGCCCACCCCGCCACCACGCCCACCCCGCCACCACGCCCACCCCGCCACCACGCCCACCCUGGCACUUUACCCGCGUCACACGCCAUUAA